AGGGUUCUUCGUGGAAGGCGAAUGGCGACCUCUGGCGUGGUCCUCCGGCCUCUCGAUUGCACGCCAUCGCCGUCCUCCCCACGCGGCUAUGGCUGCAAUUCCAGCGGCGUCGCUGGCGAUGGCAGUGGCGAGGAGGAGGAAGAGAGCAUCCAGAUCUUCGUCGCCAUGGCGGGUAAGGCGCUCAUUCCCCUACGGAUCCUCACCAGCGACACCAUCGCCUCGGUCAAGAUGCGCAUUCAAUCGCUCAAGCGAGGUAUGUAUGUCAAGCAGCAAAAGCUCGUGCACGACGGCCGGGAGCUCGCCAGGGACACGAGCCGCGUGAAGGAUUAUGGGAUCCGGCCUAGGGAUGUGAUCCAUCUCGUCCUGCGCGUCUCGGAUCUUCUCCAAGUGGUGGUAAAAUCCGGAGGAGGGAGAGAGUACAUGCUGAAAGUGGAUCGAAGCAGCAGCAGGAAGCCAGCAGCACGAUCCCAGAGCCUCUCUCCUUCUCGCCACGAAGAUCAAGGAUUGAUCUUGAGAGGCGAGCGCCUGGACGACAAGAGAUUGAUCGAGGACUUUCUCCUGGAAGACGAUGCCGAGGUCCACAUCGUGGCGAGAAAAGCUGCCAAAGUACGUACUUGGCACGUAGGUGGCGGGGGCACCGAAGUUUCCAUCGAGGAUGAGAAGCGAUCCAAGCGAAGAGGAGCUACUGCUCUGAUCGAGUCUGGGGUGGUGAGCUGCCAGCCAGAGAUCCAAGUUCCAGAAUCGCUUCUGGACAUGCUCGGGGAGAUCAACGCUGGGCUGGAUCAAGGAUUUUCUCCCGUCUUGUCCAGUGCUGGCACUGGUGGAGCGUACUGCAUGCUGGAUCGAUCGGGAAGCAAGGCUCUGGCGAUUUUCAAGCCCAUGGACGAGGAGCCCAUGGCUGAGAACAAUCCGAGAGGCUUGCCACUGUCCAUAAGUGGCGAGGGACUGAAGAGAGGGACCAUUGCCGGGCAGGGAGCGCUCCGAGAAGUGGCUGCGUACGUCUUGGAUCACCCGAGGAGUGGACCGAGAGCUCUGGCCGGGAAGAACGAGAAAGGCUUCGCGGGAGUUCCUCCCACUGUCAUGGUCCGCUGCUGCCACGCCGGAGCGGCUUUCAGUGAGCCGGAGAAGCUGGGAUCCUUGCAACAGUUCGUCUACUCGUGGAGCAACUGCGAGGACAUGGGGCCUGCUCGUUUCCCCGUGGACGAGGUGCACAAGAUCGCUAUACUGGAUAUCCGACUCGCCAACACCGAUAGGAAUGGUUCCAACAUUCUGGUUUGCGAGUCGCCGGACACCUCUUCCAUGGAGCUCGUCCCCAUCGAUCAUGGCUACUGCCUUCCAAGCAAGUUCGAGGACUGUACGUUCGAGUGGCUAACUUGGAACCAGUCCCGGCAUCCUUUCUCCAAGCCGAGCCUGGAAUACAUCGCUUCUCUGGACGCGGACAAGGACCUGGAGCUCCUGGCGCAGCACGGGUGGCGGAUUGGAGUCGAGUCGGCCAGAGUGCUGCGAGUCUCAACCAUGCUGCUGCAGCGCGGGGCAGCUGCUGGGCUGUGCGCCUUUGACAUCGGCUCCAUGAUGUGCCGGGACGCGCUGGACAGCAAGUCGGCCAUCGAGAGAAUGCUGGAGGAAGCCGAGGGGUGUGUUCUUCCCGAGACGAGCCAAGAGGCGUUCAUGGAGGCCCUGGCUCAAGUCAUGGAUUAUCACUUCCAGCAAGCUCACACCCAACGGUAGCUCUCUGUAAUCAUAUUCUUCCCUUUCUAUGGUUAAGCUUUGAUCUCCACUCUCAUGGUAAAUGACUACCUUGCAACGUAUUGAAGGCUA